CAGAGAGGAGACGCAAACAUCGCGGUUGAUGGCGACUUCACCCCGAUUUGAGAGCGUUUACAACAAAGACGGGAGAAGACGGGUUUUCCGGGCUGUUUCGAGUCGCUCUGUUUGGAAGUAAAACGGAUCAAAACGCAGAACAACGAGAGUUUCCUCACUUCGGCGAGCCGAGCGGAGCGGAGCAGCAGCCGGACUCCCACAUAAAAGCCGUUAUCAUCUGGAGCUACACCAUGCUGGCAGUCUGCAGGUCUACAGGCUAAACUAGCGCUGUCGUUGUCGUAGCGCUGGGGGGCGCUGAGCGAUGGGGAACACGGCGACCAAGUUUCGCAAAGCGCUGAUCAAUGGAGACGAGGUUCUAGCGUACCAGCUGUACGAGGGAAACCCGCAGUUUAAAGAGUCUCUGGACCCCAACACCUCGUACGGGGAGCCUUACCAGCACAACACCCCGCUACACUACGCCGCUCGACAUGCCAUGACCCGCAUUCUCAGGUCCUUCCUCUUCAGCAAGGAUGGAAACCCCAACAAGCGGAACGUGCACAACGAGACGGCGCUGCACAUGCUGUGCAUGGGGCCGCACAUCCUGCUGCCAGAGGGGGCGCUACAGCCCCGCCUGGCCCGGCCGUACGAGGACGAACGCCGCCGAGCCGACUGCCUGCAGAUGAUCCUGAAGUGGACCGGCGCCAAGCUGGACCGCGGCGAGUACGAGAGCGCCGAUGUCAACGCCACAGACAAUAAGAAGAACACGCCGCUGCACUACGCCGCCGCCUCAGGGAUGAAGACCUGCGUGGAGCUUCUGGUGACGCGUAACGCAGACCUGUUUGCGGAGAACGAGAAUAAGGAGACUCCGUGUGACUGUGCAGAGAAACAGCACCAUAAGGAGCUGGCCCUCAGUCUGGAGUCUCAGAUGGUUUUCUCCACAGAUCCCAACGCCGAGGACAUCGAGGCUGAGUACGCUGCCCUGGACCGCAGGGAGUUUUACGAGGGUUUGCGGGUGCAGGACCUGCGGAGGCUGAAGGAUAUGCUGAUAGUGGAGACGGCCGACAUGCUUCAGGCUCCUCUCUUCACCGCGGAGGCUCUGCUCAGGGCUCACGACUGGGACAGAGAGAAGCUUCUGGAAGCUUGGAUGUCCAACGCUGAGGACUGCUGUCAGCGCUCCGGUGUGUUGAUGCCCACUCCACCACCCCGAGGCUAUAACGCCUGGGAUACACUCCCAUCACCCCGAACCCCACGCACCACCCGCUCUUCCAUCACCUCUCCCGACGAGAUCAGCCUCUCUCCGGCCGACGAUGAUCGCUCCCUGUGCGGAAUCUGUAUGUGCACCGCCUCCAUGUUUGAAGAGCCUGUUGAUAUUCCGUGUGGACACGUGUUCUGCAGGACAUGCUGGGAAAGUUUUCUGAACCUGAAGAUCCAGGAAGGUGAAGCCCAUAACAUUUUCUGCCCAGCCUAUGACUGCUUCCAGCUGGUUCCUGUGGAGGUCAUAGAGAGUGUGGUGUCCAGAGAAAUGGACAAGCGCUACCUGCAGUUUGACAUUAAGGCGUUUGUGGAGAAUAACCCGGCGAUCCGGUGGUGCCCGCGGGCAGGCUGUGACCGGGCGGUGCGGUUGGCAGGGCAGGGACCUGGUGCUAGCGCCUCAGACCCCCUCAGCUUCCCUCUGCUGCAGGCCCCUGCAGUGGACUGUGGGAAGGGUCAUCUCUUCUGCUGGGAGUGUCGGGGCGAGGCUCACGAACCCUGCGACUGCCAGACGUGGAAGAUGUGGCUGCAGAAAGUCUCCGACAUGAAGCCAGAAGAGUUGGCAGGUGUAAGUGAGGCGUAUGAAGACGCUGCCAACUGCCUGUGGCUACUCACAAACUCCAAACCCUGCGCCAACUGCAAGUCCCCCAUUCAGAAGAACGAGGGCUGCAACCACAUGCAGUGUGCCAAGUGCAAGUACGAUUUUUGCUGGAUUUGUCUGGAGGAGUGGAAGAAGCACAGCUCAUCUACAGGAGGCUAUUACCGCUGCACUCGAUACGAGGUCAUCCAGCAGGUGGAGGAGCAGUCUAAGGAGAUGACUGUGGAGGCUGAGAAGAAGCACAAGAGCUACCAGGAACUUGAUCGAUUUAUGCACUACUACACACGCUUCAAGAACCAUGAGCACAGCUACGAGCUGGAAGAUCGUCUCCUUAAAACAGCCAAAGACAAGAUGGAGCAGCUGAGCAAAGUGCUGAGUGGAAGAGAAGGAGGUCCUCCAGACACUACAUUCAUUGAAGAUGCCGUGCACGAACUUCUAAAGACUCGCCGUAUCCUCAAGUGCUCUUAUCCCUACGGUUUCUUUCUGGAGCCCAAAAGCACAAAGAAAGAAAUCUUUGAACUUAUGCAGACCGACCUGGAGAUGGUAACGGAGGAUCUUGCCCAGAAAGUAAACAGGCCUUACCUCCGUACCCCUCGCCAUAAGAUCAUCCGGGCCGCCUGCCUGGUGCAGCAGAAGAGGCAGGAAUUCCUGGCCUCCGUGGCCCGAGGGGUGGCACCCAACGAUUCACCAGAGGCCCCACGACGCAGCUUUGCUGGGGGGACGUGGGACUGGGAGUACUUGGGCUUCGCGUCUCCAGAGGAGUAUGCAGAGUUCCAGUACCGCCGCAGACACCGGCAGCGCCGCCGUGGAGACAUGACCAGCCUGAGAAGCAACACGCCGGACUCUGAUGACCACAACCCUGGCACUUUAGAUUCAGAACAAGGUGGUUGCAGUCAGAGACCAGGCCUGCCUAUGCCUCACAGCUCUCUGGAUGAAGAUGACCCCAACAUCCUGCUGGCCAUCCAGCUCUCCUUGCAGGAGUCUGGCCUCACCGCUGGUGCUGGAGGAGGCAUGGUGGACGCUCAGGAGCUUCUGGCACACGAGGCGUCCAUGGGAGCCAUCGGGACAUCCCUGCCCUCCAGGCUGGACCCGCUCCUUCAUGGGGUUGAUGUUCCACGCGCUGCCCUGAGCAGCUCUGAGCUGCUGGAGGUCGGGGACAGCCUGAAGAAGCUGGGCAACAUGAGCGGCCAGAACGUUCCACAGCGCUUCAACAAUCUGGGCAAUCCCAAUCCCGUUGGAGUCGGAGUCCCAUUCCCACCUCUGCCUGGACAAAUGGAGACCACCGACAUGGAUCCUGCUGACAACGCCAACCUGUUAGGUAACAUCAUGGCCUGGUUCCAUGAUAUGAACCCGCAGAACAUCAGUUUGGUUCCCCCAGUUGCUCCUUCGGAUUCAGAGUUCAGCACUCAGGCGCCGGAGCAACCAGUGGCAAACCCAUUCCAGCAGUGGCCACCAGAGGGUGACCGAGAGGUUUGCAGCGUUGAGCCCGUCAGACCCACUCAGCUGGACCUGGUGAGCGUAGACGUAUCAUCAGCACCUCCUCUGGUGCCCCAAUCGAGUGAAGAGCAGGAAACGUCUCACCCUUGCCACUCCGAAACUCCGAAAUGUGACUCAGACCCCGAGCAACCCAGCAGUAGCUCCUCCGAGUGGGAGGGUCAGGUGCAUCUUGUAUGAGAUUGAGGGCCUCCUCCAUGAAGCCAGACCACUUUUUGAUGCGAAGUAGCCGAAGAAAAGCCAAGGCAGAAAGAGAUUUAUCACGUAACUUGUACAGUCGGACGAAUAGAAAUGAGCAGAAACUGAAUUUUUAAGAAUACUAAACUAGUAAGUGUUGAAGCUUGUCUGUCGUCUCGUUGCAGGGUCUGCGUCGUUUUUGCUUCGGACGCGUGAUGUUUUCUUCACGGGGCCUGGAGAGCCGAACAGAUUUCCAAAAAGAAAGAAUGCGGAACGGCCAAUAGGAACAAUAGGAACGAUGGCUGUACGUAGGGGGGUGGGGGGGGGGGGGGGUAGUUAGGUGUGCUAAUGCAGUUGGCCUCGGUGCACGACUCCAGUCUGGUUCUCUGUCGCAGAAGAGCUCUACUGUAUGGAACAGGAGUGUUUCGCCGAGGCUGGGCUGGUCUGAAUGUCCCGUGCGGCCAGUGAGAGCCGCUUAAUCUCGCCUCGGUUGUUACUGUAGGUGCCAUAAACACUGGCUAGCACAUGCAGAGCUGAUGCAAAGCCAGUGGACAAUGUGCUGAUUGUGCCUGCUGCUGAGGGCUAAAGCCCCUUUACAAAGACCACCCUCUCCUUCAGACCCACUGGGUUGUAGUAUUAGAGAAAGUACCUCAGCCUGAUCUCUUGCCUGCCGCAUCUGUAGCGCACCACGACUCUUAAUCCCAACGUGCAGAAAACGUCUUGUUUAUAAUAAACUAUUUCUAAGCAUUCUUGAGAUUUACCUUUCAAAAUGAACAGUAAACCAAUUUUGUUGCACAUUCAUGGCGAUGUCAGGUUUAAUAAGGACACUUCUGCACAUUUUACUGUUGGUUUUCUGAAUUUAAAAUAUUGUGGAGAAAAAAAAUGUAGUUUAUAAUAUUUUAUAAUAAAUAAAAUAAAUCAAAAUAUUUUCCCUGCAAGUAAAUAGAAAUUCUGCAGUGAAAGCUGCAGAAAAAUGCCUGUAGAGGACGACCCAGUUAUUAUUAGAAAAUCAAGAAAAAAGAAAUAUCACCAGUGUUCAAACAUUUGCAUACAUUAAUUGUAAUAUUACAGUAUAAUUAAAUAAACCAGUAAAACAGGGUGAAUAUAAUACAAAUAAAAGGAAACAAAAAAGUAAAAGGAAUACAGAAAUCAGGAGAGCAGUAAACUUGAAAGCGAAUAAAGAGUAAAAAUCUCAAUGGAAUAAAACAAUAAUAUGAAUAAAUUUUAAAUACAUGCAAAAAAAUCAGCUACUAAAAUGAAAUAAAUGUGAAAUCUCUAAUGUUUAGCAUAAGUUUCAAGCAGUUUGCUGGAACAUAAAAAGAUGAUUUUUAUAAUACACGAGAAAUGUGGCAAGAAUUGAGAACCGACAAUUACAGAGGACUAAUUUACCGUUAAACAGCUAAUUAAUAUUAAUAUGCGAACAUUGUUGAAACAUGGUGUUAUUAUGGGGCUUUAAGAGCCAUUAGGCUACAGUAGAUGAAAUUCCCUGCGGUCCAGUUUCCCAGAGUGGAAUUUACAGUAUUUUCUGUACAGCUGAAGUGUUUCAGUUAAUAAACUGAUUAAACUAUAAUAUUCCACGCCUUUCCUAAAGGCUUCUGCAGAACUCCAGAGCUGCUCUGCUGUAACAACGGAGAACAUCUUGUUUCUGAGGUUUCUCCAGCAGAGGGCGCUAUUGGCUCACAAUCACCAUGAACUCACACCAGAAGGAGCUUGAACGUACAUGUUUCCAGGAACAGCUAUUAAAGAGUAGCAGCUUUCAAAAGAGGUCACUCUGUGUUAUUCAGUGUUUUUUAUUAAAGAACUUCAUUAAAACAGCUAAACAAGCUAAACGGAGCCCACGCAGUACCAGCUGUUAACGGUUAGCAGUUUUCAAAGGGUGUUACUCAGUAUUUUGUUCAGUAUUUGCUUUUUUUUAUUAAGGGUUUUCGUUAAAACGGGAAAACGAGCUAAAAACAGAGUCGACGGCGCGUGUUGGCUGGGUGGAGGCGAUGUAAUGGCUAAUCACGAGUUUUUAAACUAGAAAAUAUCGUGCUCAUUAUUUUUAGAUCUAUCGAUCAGGCCAAACUGAGAUUUAACCUCGUGUGAAGUAAAUACUCUAAAUAAGUAUUUAUAGUAACUGUUUUUGAUUUGAGUUGAAAUAAAUAAAUAAAUAAAUAAAGCAGCUUAUUUACUAAUCUCAACUCGCUCAGCUAUACAUUUUGGUGUCUACUUUGUGGGCAGUGUGACAAACAUGCCGUCGUGCUACACCAACGUUUUCACGGCAGUCGGGAUGUCCUUUAUUUCUGACGUCUGACGUCUACAAAACGCCUUAAACUCUGAACGCCGUGGUUUCUAUUGAACAUUUCGCUCACGGCGCUGCGCUUAAACAGGACUGAGCGCGGUUUUUAACGGAACCGGCCGAUAUCCGCUCAGAUGAGCCUGUUGUGAAAACGGAUCGCGAUAAUGACGAGUAUCGUCGUGUUGCCCAGCCCUGGCGGCUUCUGAUGAGCCGUGUCCGCUACAGGUUCUGCAGGCGUGGAUUAGAAGUACGUCUGAAACUCCAGCAGCUCGCUGAGGUGCUGCUGAUGGUGGUGGUGCUGAAGGAAAGCGUGACCUGGUCCAGUUGCAGUCCUCCUGGUUCGGUCAGAGCCGAUCACUGUACCACGGCUGCUGGCCAAUCAGACGGAGUGUAACGACUCUGCAGUGAGUGUUAUAAGCAGUUAUAACUCUACGCAGAACUCAUCACAGUGCCUUUUCUGUGAAUUCUCUCGUAUUUAUUGCCACAUCUCUCGAGUGACGCUCGCGUCGCCGUCGUUUCCAGCGGCAGUGAAUCUGAAGGCCUCCAGACUUACUGUUUUCCAUGAGGUGUUUUUUUUUAAAUAUAUGUAUCCGUAUCUCUCCAGCCUCCCUUUAUCUGGCCUCUGGUUCGUCUCCAGAGCCUGUUUUUGAGGGCGCUCCCACUCGAGUGGGGUCACUGCUGGUCCUCUCUGCGCCUCUGCUUUUCCGUACUAACUCUAACAGUAAGCCGAGCGUUUGAGGAGGUGUCGUAUGUUCAGCCUGUGGCUUCGUUCAGUGUGUAAACGCCAUACCUGAUUAAUAUAUUGUGACAAUUGAUUUUUUUCUAUUUAUUUGAAAUUGAAUGUCUUUCAUAAAAAAGAAGAAUUAUGAAAUAAUGCAUAAUUGUACAAAAGCCAAUGUUUUUGUCCAUGAUGUGUCAAACAGUCCUUUUACAGUGCCACUUUUAAAUACGCGCUUUAUACUAAUUAAUUGUGACUACUGAGGUAAUUACAGCCAUUUAAACACCUUUUUUUUUGUUUGGUUCUUCCUUUAUUUUUCUUUAUCUUUCUUUAUCUUUAUUUUUUUGAUAUUAGCAUGUAUUUCUAUCACAAAUAAAAAAAAAAAACAACAAAAAAACUAAACAAAAAAAAACAAAUCAUGGCCAAAUUCUUUAAACUGGCACUUCUUUUGAGCCUGUAUG